CCCUAUUAGAUGAUAGCCUCGUCGUGGCUCCUCCCCUAACGGGGGCGGGGCGGCCAAGCGCCCCGAGGCUGGAUGCAGCCGACGGAGAGACAAGGGGGAAUGCGGCUCGCGACGCAUAUUACUGGGGAACGUCCUGAGGGCCAGCCGAAGCUGCCGGGCUCGGGUUUCGGUCUGAGGCAGCCUCCCUCACACCUCUCCCCGGCCGGCCGGGGUCGGGGCCUGAGUGUUUUACUUCCGGAUCCCACAGUUACGACACCGGAAGCCGGAAGUGGGAAUUUGGCAGCGGGAGAAGGGAAGGGCUACCGCGGAACCCAGGCUUUCUCGGAGCAUCGGGGCCCGAGGAGCGCUCGGGGCCCGCCACUCCCGCCUUUCUCACGUCGGACCGACUCUGCUGACAGGUGUGGUCCUCUUUUCCGAAGACAGGGUACCAUCGACCCUGACGUGUUGGAUGAGCAGGCCCCCUUGGAAGAGUCCACUGUGUGAGAUGGUGCAGCCUAGCGGCGGCCCGGCAGGGGACCAGGACGUGCUGGGUGAAGAGUCUUCUCUGGGGAAGCCAGCCAUGCUCCACCUGCCUUCAGAGCAGGCUGCUCCUGAGACCUUCCAGCGCUGUCUGGAGGAGAAUCAAGAGCUCCGAGAUGCCAUCCGCCAGAGCAACCAGAUGCUGCGGGAACGCUGUGAGGAGCUGCAGCGUUUCCAGGGCAGCCAGAGGGAGGAGAAGGCCUUCCUCAUGCAGAAGUUCCAGGAGGCCCGGGACCUGGUGGAGAGGCUGAGCCUGGAGAAGCGGGAGCUGCACCGGCAGAGGGAGCAGGCCCUGCAGGAGGUGGAGCGCCUCAAGACAUGCCAGCAGCAGAUGGCCGAGGACAAGGCCUCAGUGAAAGCCCAGGUGACGUCCUUGCUGGGGGAGCUGCAGGAGAGCCAGAGCCGCUUGGAGGCCGCCACCAAGGAGCGGCAGACUUUGGAGGGCAGGGUCCGGGCCGCCAGCGAGCAGGCCCGGCAGCUGGAGAACGAGCGCGAGGCGCUGCAGCAGCAGCACAGCGUGCAGGUGGACCAGCUGCGCCUGCAGAACCAGAGCAUGGACGCCGCCCUGCGCAUGGAGCGCCAGGCUGCCUCGGAGGAGAAGAGGAAGCUGGCCCAGCUGCAGGUGGCCUAUCACCAGCUCUUCCAAGAGUAUGACAGCCACAUCAAGAGCAGCAUGGGAUUGCAGCUGGAAGAUCUCAAGCAGCAGCUCAAGCAGGCCGAGGAGGCCCUGGUGGCUAAACAGGAGCUGAUCGACAAACUGAAGGAAGAGGCUGAGCAACACAAGACUGUGAUGGAGACGGUUCCGGUGCUGAAAGCCCAGGCGGAUAUCUACAAGGCGGAUUUCCAGGCUGAGAGGCAGGCCCGGGAGAAGCUGGCUGAGAAGAAGGAGUUCCUGCAGGCGCAGCUGGAGCAGCUGCAGAGGGAGCACAACAGGCUGAAGACCAGCUGUCAGGAGUCGGCCAGGAUCGAAGACAUGAGGAAGCGGCAUGUAGAGGUCUCCCAGGCCCCCUUAGCCCCUGCCCCAGCUCAUCACUCCUUUCACGUGGCCCUGCCCAGCCAGAGGAGAAGCCCCCCUGAAGAGCCGCCCAACUUCUGCUGCCCCAAGUGCCAGUAUCAGGCUCCUGACAUGGACACCCUGCAGAUACACGUCAUGGAGUGCAUCGAGUAGGGCUGCCUACCGACACCCAGCCCAGGACAGUGCAAUCUGUUGCUUUCCUCUCCUGUCUGCCUGGUCCUGAAUUAGGGGCUGGGUGACAGAGGGUGGGCCCCUUCUCUGAGCCCCGAGACCUAGCCGCAGGGCCUUACGUCCCCGUCCGCUGGUUCACCUCUUUUAGGGCACACAGAGCCCCAGAUAGGUGCGAUGCUCUGCUUUUUCUGUUCGUUCUGUCUGCUUGAGUCCGGGGUUCGCUCUUCUUUCACCUGUGCUGGGGAAGCCAAGAGCCCAGGCCAGGGCUCCCAGACAACUGAUUCCCAGGCUGAGACGGGCAGGACCCUUCGUCCCGGCCGCCUGGCACAGUGCGGUGCUGCUCUCAUGGGCCGUGUGCUGUUCCAUUGGCGGCUGCACCACUGUGGAUCGAACUUGUCUGCUGCUAGCGGACGUUUGCGUUGUUACUGGUCUUUUUACUGUCAUAAACAACACCACGCUGAAAAUCCUUGUGCGUCCGUCAUAUGUACCUUUUGGUUGGAUGCCGCAGAAGCGGCACCAUUGAGCAGGGGGGUAGACAGUGCCGGCGCUCCCCUACCCUGGGCGUGCUUUCCCACUCCUCCCUCACUCCCCAUCGCCCUGCCGCAGAUGAUGGGUGUCCAGCCCGUGGGCUUGUGCCGUCCACCAGGCGAGCCGUUCUCUGUUAAGAGGGAGCUUGAGCAUCUCUUGAGAGCUUGAAGGGUCCUGUUCAGUUCUUCUGGUGUAGACAGCUUGUUUGUAUUUUUUGCCCAUUUCUCUAUUGGGCUGUUAGUCUUUUGUUCCUUGACUUACAGCAGCUCUUUGGUCAUUAGUGGGAUCAGCUCUUGUGUGUGAUAGAAAUUUCGGUUAUCUUUUCCUCCUGACUUGGUACCGGUGUGUUUGGA